CGUUUGGGAGAGAAUAACCUACUUUGAGAGAAGUGUGGAUACGGUCCUCCCACCCAUACAGCAUUUUACGCACGUUUAUUGUUUCCAUUUUAUAGCCGUAUGAAAUAGACUAUCGAUUUAACUUGUCCUAUUUCAACUUCGGCCAAGAUUGGAUUUUUAAACGAGCUGGGCUGGGCAGCUGGGGGCCGGCUGGGACCACAGAAGCUCACAGAGAGGGCUGUCGGAGUGCGCACAGCAACGCACGCUGUGAAUCAUCCGCAGUUUUCCAGACGGCGCGCAGGUGCAGGCGGAGAGGAGGAGAGCCGCUCAGGACGCACGGAUGCGACAGGGAUGCUCAGUGAGAUUUUCGCUGUCCCCUCCUCGGUCCUCUGGCAGUGAUCGGACACCGCGAUUCAGCGUUCCUUGGCGCACCAUGACAAAAGUUUGGACUGUUUAAAGAAAAACAAAAUGAUGGUGUGUUGCCCUGCCGUUUUUUCGCGCACUGCUGUGGAUUCCGGCGUCAGUGUAAGUGUCCAGUCAUCGCUCGAGAAAUAGCUGCUAUUCUUUCGGUCUCAAUUUUGGUGCCAGUUUCAACCAACAAUUGAAUUUGAUUGCCGCACACCCUCAGCCGACCCCGGAUUGCAUCUGUUUGAUUUUAACGCUGCAUGCGCUCCGUUAUGGACUUCCUCGGACUGUACUUCUUGCAGCUGGCGCUUAUCGGUGCCCCUUGCAUAGCUUUGUCUGCUGGUGGGAGGGACUGCCUCCGUGCUGGAGAUACGUGCUCCAGCGAUGACACUUGCAGCCCACGACUGCGCACCCUCAGACAGUGUGUGGCAGGAGAUGGCAGCGUGAAGCUGGGACCUGGGGCACGUAACCAGUGUGAGAAUGCCAUGACGGCGCUGCUGUCCACUCCACUGCAUGGCUGCCAGUGUAAACGAGGCAUGAAGAAGGAGAAGAACUGCCUGAGUAUCUACUGGAGCCUGCACCAAUCUGUGCUGCAUGGACUCAGCCUGGUGGAGGACUACCCAUAUGAACCAGAAGAGAGGGGCUCUGACUACGUUCGUCUGGCCUCCAUCGCUGCAGAGUCUGAAGUAACAACUGUGAACCGCUGCCUGGAUGCUGCCAAAGCAUGUAACAUCGACGAGACAUGUCAGAAGCUUCGUACGGAAUACGUCUCAGCCUGCAUCCAGCCAUCUGCCCGCUCAGGCCCGUGCAACCGUCCAAAAUGCAACAAGGCACUAAGGAAGUUCUUUGACCGCGUUCCCCCCGACUACACCCACGAGCUGCUGUUUUGUCCUUGUACCGACACAGCCUGUGCAGAGCGCCGCAGGCAGACCAUAGUGCCGUCCUGCUCCUAUGAAGAGAAGGAGAAGCCCAACUGCCUGGCCGAGCUGCGGAUCUGCAGGGCCGACUACGUGUGCAGGUCUCGCUGGGCACAGUUCCAGUAUGACUGCCAACCCUCCGAUCAAAGUGCCAGCGGCUGCGUGCAGGAGAACUAUGGAGCCUGUCUGCUCGCCUACACCGGUCUGAUAGGAAGCACAAUAACUCCCAACUACCUUGACAAUUCCACAUCUAAUGUGGGGCCGUGGUGUUCUUGUGCAGCGAGCGGAAACCAUCGGGAACAGUGCAGUGACUUCCUCACUUUUUUCCAUGACAACAUCUGCCUGAAAAAUGCCAUCCUGGCCUUUGGGAAUGGAUCGGAUGUGAAAACGGGUCAGCCUGGUUUGCCUGGUCCAGCGACAGACAUCCUUGGCCCACACUCAGCAACCACUGCGCCAGGCAUCUCCAUGGAAACAGAGCAGAACAUUUUGAGAGCACAAAUACCUACUCAGGUAAACGAGAAUGACAGAUUGUGGGGUAACGUGGGAGAUUCCACACUUCCGUCUCCAGGGCUGUCGGACGGCGGCGGCAAGCCCACCCGCCUGUCACUGGUGCUCCUGCUGCCCGGCCUCCUGGUGCUCUCCUACCAGUAAGAGACAUCACCUGCCAACCUCAAUGGACUGAAGUAUAGACCUGGGGGAGGAGAGGAGGGAAGAAAGAAAGAGUGUUUGUCACACGAUGGAGGGUGAAAAGGUGAAGUCUGCCCCGCCCUGCUCUCCUCGCUCGCUCUGUCACAAAAAUCACACUCAGUCUCUCUUUGUGAAUCAUGACUCAGAUCGAUGUCUCAUGCGCCCGACGCCCCUGGAGAGGGCGCUGACACACAGUGGGGGGAGGGGGGCAUUUGUGGGAAGGGGGGGAGGGGGGACCAGGAAGUUCUCAAAAUCCGCUCGCAUUUCUCACUACACACCCGCCCGAGCACAAACUGUUCCAACACACGCAGACUUUGAUCAUCUGAACAUAAUGUCUGACAGUGUACAGUGGACAGACGCUGGAGACCCAGCGCACAAAAAAAAUAUUUAAAAUCAGAAAAAAUAUAAAUAUAUAUAAUUUUUGUCUUUGAACAUUCCUUGAUGUAAAAGAAGAAAAAAAAUUAAAUGUCACGUUUUCUUUCAGAUGAACUAUGAUGACAUGUCCACAGGCUGCUCAUUCAGCUUUGCUCUUUCUUUGGUGUUUUCUUUUAUACAUAAUUAUUCUAACUUUGCAAACUGGCCUAUGAGCCCAAGCGUUUGGUGGAAGCAAGUGUUGUCAUGGAGACAAAUCACAAUGACAUCAUUCAACUUCAUGCUGUUGAUGUUUUUAAAUUGCAGGUAUGACGAGUUCAUUUCCAAAUAAAUAUAUAUGAAAA